UCGAGAAAGACCACCCCAGAAACAAACCAGGCGGAACCAGUGCGGUUGUACGCCCAGUUUAUCAGCACGGCCCACACCAUCUCUCUCCUUGGUUCAAUCUUGGGCAGAAUUGGAACAACAUUUCCUGGUUCUAGGGUUUGUGGGUGAGCUUGUUUCUGUCUUUUGGCUUUGUCGCUGAGCGCGACGAAGAGAAACUAGUGUCUGUGUUGGUGGAGUAGUAGAGGGGGCGCCAUGUUGAGGUCUCAGCACCUGUUGCGGAGGUCCGUAGCCCUGGCGCGGGCCGCUGCCGGAACAUCCGAGCACCCUGCGGUGCGAGCCGUGCGGUCGUUUGCGGGCAAGGCAGAGGCAGCGGAGCAGCAUGUGGAGGUACCAUUGCCCAUGUAUGGAGUCGCUGGGAAGUAUGCGUCGGCGUUGUACGUGACUGCAGUGCGCAGCAACGUGCUGGAUCCUGUUGAAACGGAGUUGCAGCAGGUGAUUGGGGCUGCGGAGCAGAACCCUGUGUUCGCCGAUUUUCUGAAGGACCCCUCUGUGUCGAAGACUAUGCGUAUGAAGGCGAUGGAGGAGAUCUUUGGACAGACGAAGUUUUCGAACGUCACGAAGAAUUUUCUAGCAGUGUUGGCCGAGAACGGGAGGUUGGCGCAGUUGCAGCGGAUUUCGGGGUGCUACUCGGAGUUGUUGCACGCACACCGGGGAGAGGUGCAAGCGCUGGUGACGGCCGCACUGCAGCUGAGUCCUGCGGAGCUUGAGGACAUCAAGAACGCAUUGAAGGGGUACUUGAAGCCUGGGCAGACCUUGAAGGUGGAGCAGAAGGUAGACAGGAGCAUAAUUGGGGGAAUCGUAGUGGAUAUUCAGGACAAGCACAUCGACCUGUCGAUUGACACGAAGAUCAAGCAGAUGGAGAAGCUGUUGGCGGAGGCCAUCUGAGGCAAUCAAGGGAGUAGAAAAGUUGAUGUUUAGAACAGGAAUUCGACAUUGUGCUUUUGGCAAUUUGAGCAGUUUCUUGUGCGCAAAGCGUGACCUGUUGAAUGAGAAACGGCGAAUUCAAGAUUCGUACUUGAGAUGCGCCGUGUUACCUUUGGACUUGUGCCAAUAGUACUGGGACAUUCUGGUUGUUGCGAUGGUGGAUUACUGAGAUUGUAAAUAAAUGCACAGACCCCAUUCUGGGCCCAAUAAAAGAUUACUAGGAUCAUA